AUGAUUGAAAACAUCUACCAUGAACUGCAGGAAAAUACCACUGGGUGUUACCUGGCAUUUUUCUUAUACAUCCAGAACAAAAUUUUGGAAGAAGGCGAGUUGGCCUGUGACGUCGAUCAACCCAGCGACUACAAAUGGGUCCCCAACAGCCACAGCGCCAUCUUCGGUUCUCCAGAGCCCCUGACAGCUGUCUCCCCCAUGGCCGAACCUUCUUCUGAGAUGUCCUCUGAGGCCUGCUCUGUCGCCAAGGAGCCUGAAGAGGCCGAAUCGUCGACGACCGAGGCGCAGAAGCAGCCAAAGCAUCGCGGCCGCCGCCCCGCUGGGGGCAGUGACAGCUUCUCCACCUACUUCCCCAGGGUCCUGAAGAACAUCCACGAUGGCCUCAGCCUGUCCCAGGAGUCCAGGAACAUGAUGGAUUCGUUCGUUCAGGACAUCUUUGAGCGCAUUGCCCUGGAGGCUGGCCGGCUGGCGCGCUACACCCAUCGCUCAACGGUCACCUCCAGAGAGAUCCAGACGGCCGUGCGCCUGGUGCUGCCGGGGAAAAUUGGCAAGCACGCCGUGUCCGAGGGCAACAAGGCCAUCGUCAGAUACACUCACCACAAGUGAGCCGCCUCAGGAUCGCCUGAGCACCGAACCCAAAGGCUCUUUUAAGAGCCACCUCAGUUGAAAGAGCUGUAGCACGCCACGGGGGACCCGCUGGAUUUCCAGGACAAGUGGCAGGUGUCGUCUUACCACUUUGGGGGGGGGCAGGUUGCAUGUGGCAUUCUGCAGAGCUUUAAGGCAUUUUACCAUGAACUUUAACAUUGAUAACUCUACUGUAAUUUAUAUCUGGGGUCCAAUUUGUUCCAAUGAAAACAAUGAAUUUUGUUUAAUGAU